UUGCCUAACUUGUGAUUACUAAAGCUCCUUAUAUAUAUGCCAUAAAUUAUCACAUCACAAGCUUUUGUGAAGGAUAGGAACUGUGGGGGGGAGAGGUAGAGAUGAGAGGAUUGGAGAGGAGAGGGGUGAGGCAGUAUAACAGAUCCAACGUGCCUCGCAUGCGGUGGACGGAGGAGCUCCACCGCCGCUUCGCUGAUGCCGUCGAUUCCCUCGGAGGACCAAACAAAGCGACGCCUAAGCGAAUUUUGCAGCUGAUGGCUGUGAAGGGAGUCAACAUAUCUCAUAUUAAAAGCCAUCUGCAGAUGUACAGAAGCAUGUGUAGCACUUCCACACUUCAAAACCUCAUAUCCACAGAGCAAGACCGAGUUCGGCACGACAAUUUCCACAAUUACACUUCUGAAAGCCACCACAGAGACCCAGUACAACUCAAUUUCCUCCUCAGUUGCAACCACUCCUACCAAAUACCAUCAAUUGACAAAGUCUUGAGAGAUUGGGCAGCAAAGAACAGAGAAUUUAAUCCGCGAAAUGGCUGCUUUGGGACAGGAGAUCAGCUGUUUCAGCUGAUAUGCAAUCACCAGAAGCCUCAGAGAGAACUGAACUAUGAGCUUUCUCUCUCUUCCUUGGUGCAUCGGAUGCCGAAGAGUUGCGAAGAAACAAGUGAGGUCGGGUCGAGCAUCGAGUUCGAUACGAGUGAAGACGUUCCUAUAUGCAGAAAGAAGAGCAUUGAGUAUCCGAAUUGCAUUGCAAAUACAACUGCUGCAAAGAACGGAAUCAAUUUAGAGUUGACAAUCUCCUCGCCUGGUUGUUCUUGAUCGGUUGUUUCAUUAUUUGUUCGAGUAGAGAAAAAUAUUGAUGGCACAGUAGGAUACAGAUGUAUAGAGAGAAAAUACGUUGAAGUGCAUGAAAGUUGUCAGCAGAGUUAGCUUGUAUUAUGAUAUGCCGUGUUUUUGGACCUGUCGUAUAGCAUAGUGUUAUUUUCUGAAGUGUCAUCUGAGAAUAUUGGGAGGAAAAGUUUGUAACAAAAUCUUCUCUCAACAGUUUUUCUAUGUAGCGGAUAGAUGGUCAGAUCUUUUAGAUCUCAAUAGCUCAUUUUUGCCUUCUAUGCAGCAAAAAAUCCAAGUUUUUCAUUUUGUCA